CUCAGAGUAAUUGUGUGGUAUGUUACAAACACAAAGUUCAAUAAGAUUCGAGAUAUGAAUCUGUAGAAUAUGAUGUUGGACUUUGUGCAGCUCCAUGUUCUGCCAAAUAUCAAACAAAAAAUGAUUUUAACUAUUUCAUGGAUUUUUUUGAUGAUCAUAAAUGAAAGCUUGGAGGCAGGAAACUUGGAGGCAGGCGUAUUAAAUAUUGGAGUUCUUAUACCGUUAGAUGAUAAUUGCACUAGGAAUGCUAUUGAAAUGGCUAUAGAAGAUAUAGAGAAAAAACCUGACAUGAUUUUCAGAAACUUGACGCGUUAUAAGCUUACUGCACAUUUCAUGAAAACAGAUAAAAGUUUAGGGAGCGCAAUAGAAGCACAAAAUCGUUUGUAUAAAACAACUCCUACAAAGAUUGCUACAAUUGGUCCACCAUACACUGAACAAAAUGACUAUUGCACUGAAUAUUCCACGGCACAAGGAAAUUUACAAAUAUCAUACACAGAAGCAAAUGAACCUUUCGAGCCGUAUUUCGUUAUGUAUUUUCAAACUCCACCAUCAAUAGUUUCAAGUUUUAUAGCAGCUUGUUAUUUUCUAAACAAAUUUAACUGGUCUAGAGUUGCGAUACUUUUUGACUAUGCCCAGGCGAGAUAUUGUAACAACCCAAAAAGUUUGGAAAAUAUUUUAGAGAACUGUUUAAAUAAAAUAAAUUUAUUAAUUGUUCAAGGAAUACGGAGUAAUCCUGUAAGUUAUGGUGUUUCUAAUGAAAUAGGAGAAUUGCAAAACAAAGAUGUUCGGAUAAUAUUGGCUCUAUUUUCAGUUAGUGGAGCUCGUAAAGUAUUUUGUGAAGCUUACAACAGAAAAAUGACCAAACCUAAAGUUCUUUGGAUACUUUUUGAAAUUCUUCCGAUUGGAUGGGCAUCUGAUAUCUUCAACGCUCAACCUAUACCAGGUGGAUUUAAAAGAGAAAUUAAUUGCUCAGAAGAGCAACUUCUUGAUGCAGCGCAAGGUUAUAUUUCAUUUACAAAACAAAGUCUUAGAAAAGACAAUAAGACAACUUUAAGUAACGUUACAUCGGAAUCAUUUCUCAAUAGGUUAAAUAAACACGUUGAUAAUAAAUGUGAUGAAAACUUAGCAUAUGCUUAUGAUGCAAUCUGGGUUGCCGCAAUGGCUUUUAAUUUAACAGAUGACACUGCCGAUCUCUCUGUUUAUUCAUAUAACUCGUUUGAUGUUGUAUUCAAGUUAGCAAACAGUGUUCAAAACGUCACAUUUGAAGGAGUUACUGGGCCGGUUUCAUACCAAACACAAGUCUCCGGAGGGUUUCCUUCACGAAUCGGUCAAAUUUCAUUAUAUGUAUUUAUAAAAGAAUUCGGAAUGAAACUUAUAGGGAUGCAUGAUACUUCAAGUGAGGUUUUAUUAUUAGAACCAGAGGCGGAAUUAGUUUUAUUUCCCAAUAACAUUGUACCUAAGGACCAAUCAACGUACAACUUUUAUUUUUCUUCUUUUAGCAACAUUCUACUUAUUAUAGUUUGGUUUUUUGCAAUUUUUGGAAUAGUUAUUGCAGUUUUAUGUUUAAUAUUUUCUUUGAAAUAUAAAGCCGAGGUGAAAGAGUACUCAACAUUAUCAUUAAAUGGUGCAAUAAUUAUCGGAAGCAUCUUAAGUUAUCUAUCUGUGAUUAUUUAUGGGGUUGACAUUCGAUUUGUUGAACAAAGAUUAAUACCAGAAAUGUGUUAUGCAUUUAUUUCAUUGCUAUCGAUUGGUUUUACCCUGACAUUUGGUUCCUUGUUUUCAAAAGUCUGGAGAACGUAUAAAUUAUGCAUGAGAUCUGGUAAUUUAUCAAAUAAAAGUCCAGGCAUUAUCCAGGUCCAGCUCCAGAAUGUGCGUGAAUGGUUGUUAUUUGUUGUUGUUGGUAGUUUUCUUUUGAUUGAUAUAGCCAUUUUAGUUACUUGGAGACAACUAUCUCCAUUCAUGGUCAAUAUAUAUAACAUAACUGCAGUCGAAAAUUUAUCUGAUGAUACCAUAAUCAUUGAACAAGUAGUCAAAUGCACAUGCAACUUCCAAACUGAAUUUACAAUAGGAUUGUAUUGUUAUAAGGGACUUUUACUGUUGUUUGGAAUAUUUUUGGUUUGGCAAAUAAAAAAUAUAAAUAAUAAAUCUGACAUCUCAUCAAAAAAUAUUGGUGUGGCAAUUUAUAACGUUGCGGCUGUAUCGGUAACAGGAGUGAUUUGUGUUUCUAUUCUGGCCACCACAACAAAGUUUGAUGCAUCUUACAUAAUAAUAGCAGUUUGCAUUUGUAUAUGUAAUACAGCUACCUUACUACUGAUUUUUUUGCCAAAGAUUCUUAUUGUUAUAAACAGCAGUGGCUUAAUUAUUCAUAAAAGUAGCUCAAUAAACAACAGGGAACAUCAACUGAACAAAUCUCUAACAGUAACAAGCUGCAUUACUCAUCACAAGAAUUUAGGCUUAUCUGAGAAUUUAAAAAAAACAAAUGAAAGUCGCAGGAAAACAAAUGAAAGUCGCCGGAAAAUUUCUAUGACUAAUAUUUAUUCGAAACCGGAUAAAGACAAUAAAAACUUCAAUUUAGGUUUUGUUAUUUGGUUAUUACUACGUUGCUAGGGAAGUACGGGCCGCAUCGGUUGACACAACGACCUGACCCAGAGGGGUAACACCAAAAUGCAAAUAUGACACUGCUCAUGCUCGUGUUAACAUAUUUAUGCGUAUAUAUCAUGAUUGUAUAUUGUAUACCCCAACUUGUUUUCUAAAGAACUUUUUUUUAUACUUUUUUUUUAAUAGAAAUUUGAAACCCGUGUUUUUAACCCAGUUAGUCUUGCGAGGUGAUACCAAAAACUUACCACACUGCGUGACACCAACCCCAGCGACACCACUGCUACAUAUGAAGGUUAAACCAAAAUUUUACUUUUAUAUACUGUAUAAAAAUACUUAAAUAUACUGUAUAAAAAAUUAUAAAUUCUGUUAGCUUUUUUUGAAUACCAAAGUAAACGUUUUGAAGUUUCUUUUUU